AUGCGUUCUGCUGUCAUCUUUGCCGCCUUGGCGGUUGGCACUUGUGCCAGGGUUAUUCAGAAGGAGGUUUACGUGACCGACUGGACUACCGUCACCGUUACCGAGACUGUCACCCAGUGGCCCACCAACACCCCCAGCACCGCUGUUUUGGUCAAGCAGGACCACACCAAGCCCACCAACGCUCCCCUUCCCACUGUCGACGUUUCCAAGAAGGCCCCCGCUGAGGUCGAGUCUGCCCCUGCUGCGGCUUCUACAACCGCCGUGGCUCCUACUACCGCUGCCGCCGUGGUUGAGUCUGAACCCAGCAGCGCAACCACGUCCUCCACCACCUCGUCUUCGACCACCGUGGCCGCAAUCGAGUCCGUGACCACUGCUGCCCCCGCGACUACCUCCGUCGCUACCUCUUCGGCCACCUCGACCACCGCCGCUGCCACUGCCGCCCCUAGCGCUGCCAACUCCUACCAGGAGUCCAUCCUGCACUACCACAACCUUCACCGCAGCGCCCACUCCGCCAGCGGCUUGACCUGGUCCAACGACCUCGCGGGAGCUGCCCACACUCUCGCCUCGCGUUGCGAGUACGGUCACGACACUUCCAUCGUAUCCGCCAGCGGAGAUUACGGUCAGAACAUCGCAUAUGGUUACGAUGCGGCUGAGGUCGGUGAGAAGAUUAUCAGUGAGAUGAUGUACACUGACGAGGCGCCGUACUUCGCCAACCUCUACGGCGAGGCCGACCCUGAUAUGACCAACUUCGAGAAGUGGGGUCACUUCACUCAGAUCGUCUGGAAAGCUACCACUCAAGUCGGUUGUGCUACUGUUAGCUGUUCUGACUUGAAGAAUGUUGGUGGUGCCUCCGCCUACACUGUUUGCAACUAUGGCUCGCCCGGUAACUACGCCGGCGAGUAUGCCGCCAACGUCUUGAAGCCCAGUGCAUAA